CUCCCUGAGGAUACUAUUCAAAUUGCUAAAGUGGGAAAAUUACUUAUGGCAGCAAACAAAGGAACAUUGGGAAAGUUUUCUGGAAAGUCUUUAGAUAUUAGCAUUGACCAAGAAGUGUCUGAUGAAUCCGAAUCUGAGGAUGAAACUACACAGUCUACAGAAGUCAGAGAUCAAGAUGAUGCAGAUCAAGAUAAUGAGAAAGCAGGAAAGAGAAAUAGCAGAAAAUCUCUCCACAGUACAGAAGCCACUUGCAUGACACAGAAACCAGUUUAUCUUGUUUCUUUAAUAGGAAGUAGGAGAACUGUAAAGAGAAUACCAUGGACAGAAGAAGAGAGAAGUGCUGUUAAAUCAGAAAUGGAGCAUUUUCUUCAUAUCAGGAAAACUCCAGGAAAACUGGACUGUGACAACUGUUUACGCAAAUAUCAAUGUCUGAGUAGAAGAAAUUGGAAAAACAUCAAAAACUUUGUCUACAAUUGCAUUCAAAGUUUAAAGAAAUGUCAUUAAAUGAUGUCUAAGUAGGCAAUAUAGACAUAAAAAGAAAAGCAAUUUCAAGUUACAUGUUGGAAAAUAUAAAUGAGAUUCAUUGCAAUUAAAAUGAAAUUUUGUAAGAAUUUUUGAAUAUUCUUUUUAUUGAAGUUUUAUCAUGAUAAUAAUUGUAAGGUAGAGAUUGCAUGAUGGAUUGAUAAAGGAUAAUUGUUGUUUUGGCAGACUCAAUUCGGUCAAGGGGAUUUAUAAAUGAAAUUUAGAAGAUGCAUUAUUUAGUGUUAAGAUGAAAUACCAUUUUGUUGAUAUUUACCUUCUACACUAGUUGCAUUAAAAAUAUUUGUAAUGGAAUGAAAUUUGAGAAGAAAACUGUAUAUUUCAUGCUUUGUCAUCCUUUACAUAUUGCAGUGUACAAGUUUGACUGUGAUCAAACUUACUGGUAAUGAUUAUUCUUGUUCUCUAUAACAUUACUGUAUCAGAUACGUCACUUUUUUUUUAUUUUAAAAGUGGCAGAAGGUCACACAAUGUGUUAAAUUCUGUUCAUUGAUGCUUAAUGCAGGAAUAAAGUUCACUUAUAUUGAACAUUUCAUUUGCAUGUUUUAUUCCUCAUGUAUUUUUUUAAGCUAUUGAGUAAACAAGUAAUCAUUGAUAGUUUGAUUGAAAAAAAAAAUGACUUUGGCGUUACUUUACAUUGCCAAAUAAAUUCAAACUGAGGUAAAAUUUGAUUACUUUGUAUUGCACAAGGGUCUAAACACAAGACAUGCAUUGUCAUGGCAAAUGAAAUGUCAGACGUAGUGUUUCACCUUUUGUUGCUGAGAUAUAAAGUUGUUAUUCAAUGACAGUUUAAAAAAUGCUUUUGGAAUCCACUUUAGAAUAGAAAUUAUGUUGGAUCAUAAUGACUUUUGUUUUUGUUGUCCUAAUAAUGAGACGGAUUCAAUUUACGGAAAUAAUUUCAUUUUUCCCCCAAUUUUUGACAUGUUUUGUUCUUAUCUUUGUCAGAUGGUAAUACAGUGUAACUUGUCUAAACCGGCCCCUGUGUAAUCCGGAUCUCUCUGUAUUCCAGCCAAAAUGUUUGGUCCCAGCACUGGAAAAUGUAAGCAAUGUUGACCUCUACGAACCGGACACCUGGGUAAACCGGCCAAAAAGUUUGGUCCUGGUGACAUCCGGUUUAGACAAGUUACAUUGUAUAUUGCAUCUGUUUGUGGUGCUUGUGUUCGAUUUGAAAGAAAUAAUAAAAAAUAAACCUCAA